AGGAGGAAAAUGUUGACGGCGGUGGCGAUGGAACCACUGAAUUCAAUUUCAAGGGGGUUAAGUUUAGGGUUAGGGUUGAGAUUGGGGGAAAUGAAUUUCAGAGGUGGAAAUGGAGUAGCUUUACCAGCUUCAUCGUUUAAAUUGGGGAGAGGAAAAUGCAAAUGGAAAGCGAGUUUGAAUUUGAUUACAAAUCCUGAAUCUUUUCAAGUUGGUCCUUUAAUCGGUAGCUAUGGCUUCUUCAAUGUUACCAGCUAUUCAGGGUUUGAAAGUGGUGUAGAUUAUGGGUAUGUAGCGGAUGAUAUGGGGAAAUUGAAGACUCAAGAUGUCGGCGAAGGCGGCGUUAAUAUCAGGCUGUAUGAAGGAAGAAUUACUCAAGGUUCUAUGAGAGGCACUCGUGUUCUUUUUAAGGUGUAUCCUGGACAAAGGGCUGGUGGUGCUGAGGCUGACAUGAUGGCUGCCAAUGAGCUAAGCACUCAUAUUUUCCUUCAGAGCUGCUCAGAUGAAACAUGCCAGAAUCUCUUGAUGCUGUUAGGUGGAUUCGAGACAAAAACUGGUGAGCAGUGGCUUGCUUUUCGCUGUGAAUCCUAUGAUGGAAAAUACACUGCAGCUGACUAUGCAAAGAUUUCCAGUGAAAAACUGACAAAGAAUAAGGCUCUCGAUCCGCAAUCAUUUUGGAAUCCUUUUGAACAAGGGCAAACAUUCAAGCGUAAAAGACUUUUUGUCAUUAAGAUGCUCCAGGGAAUUUUUAGUGGCCUAGUUUAUAUGCAUGCUCAUGACAGAUUACACCAGAGUCUUGGACCAGCUUCUGUUGUUCUCAAUACAAUAUCUGAGAGAGAAGCUCCUUACCUGGUUGCAAGACUCCGAGAUCUUGCAUUUUCAGUUGAUAUAAGUUAUUCUUCAAUAGAGAAAGGUCCUGGAGCUUUAUCAGAAGGACUUUGGAGACGUGCUAUUACAGCUGGUGCAUAUAAUCCUAUGGAGAAAAGAAACUUUGGGAUUGCAGAUGACAUAUAUGAAGCAGGUCUUCUUUUUGCAUACUUGGCUUUCAUUCCAUUUUGUGAAACUGGCAUCAUGGAUAGUCUUUCUUUACAAAGGCUUGUGGAGAACACCUUUCAGCUUGAUCUCGAAGCAGUCAGAGAAUAUUGUUUAGCAGAUGAUCGCUUGAUAGAGGCUGUCAAAUUCUUAGACCUUGGUGAUGGUGCUGGUUGGGAGCUACUCCAGGCGAUGCUGAAUCCUGAUUAUAGGAAGCGCCCAGUUGCUACUGCUGUGCAAAGCCAUCGUUUUGUAACUGGAGUUCUUUUGUAGAUCUGUGGAGUUUGGUAGAUUAUUGUCCUAGAAAUCAAGCUGUAAAACCUUGUAAACUACUACUUGAUACAAGUCAUACAACCCCGUUACAGUUAUUUUGUGAGUGCUUCUUCUUCUUCUUCUUCUUCUUCCAUGCACCUCCCUCCGCUCAUGGUGGAGUUGAGACUUCUGCAACUGUUUUGAAGCUGAUACCAUCUCAACUUCAACUCCCUUACUGGUUAAUAUCUUCUUAUGCAAGCUUGUCUUCCAUCGAAGAAAUGUGUAUAUUUAUUUAGACUUCUUGUUGCAAUA